AUGCCCAACAGGCGGAAUCCACCCAAAAGGUGGUCCAUGUACCCCAAGCUGCACGACGAUGUGUCGGGACUUCUGGAGGAGGAGGAUUUGUUCUUUGAUUUCCACACGACGGACGACGGACAGAACUGCGAUAAGCAAUGGGACACCAACGUGAUGGGUAGGUUUGUCUGUCCCAAUCGCACAUGCGACUCGCACGGCUGGUCGAGCAAGAAGAUUGCAGUCACCAUACGGAUGUAUUCGGGGGCUCAGUAUAACGUGCGGGUCUAUCACCAGCGCUGCAAAAGCUGCAGCAGCCUCAGUAGGCCCAUUCUGGACAGCUCAUACGCCGAGAGGACGGCGUACCGUCUGAAGAAGUGGUGUGGGAUCCAGAUGGAGACGCCCCCCCAUGGCGAGCGUCGGGGUCCUCCGCACAAUAGGGAUCUUUGCGAGGGAUGCAAAGACGGCCACUGUAGCGAGUUUAAGGAGUACUAG